GUGGUACCUCUAGGUUCCAGCAUCACGCUUCCUCUUCAGUCCGUUGGGUUACGGGGAGCCUAUCCACGUUUGAGCAGCAGCAGCAUCAACGCACUGUCAUCCUGUUGACAAAAUUCAAGCUGGGGAUAUAGUGAUAUCCAUGUCCAUAAUUACGGACAAUGACCCAACACACCUCCAGGCUGUGUAAGGGCUAUUUGACCAAUAAGGAGAGAGUGGAGUGCUGCAUCAGAUGACAUGGCCUCUACAAUCACCAGACCUCAACCCAAUUGAGAUGGUUUAGGAUGAGUUGGACCGCAGAGUGAAGGACGGUUGGAAAAACAUUCCAGACAGAAUUUAAAAUUGAUUACAUGGAGAUGUUGUGUCACUGGCCUACACACGAUACCCCAUAAUGUCAACGUGGAGAGGAGCAGUCCAUCGCAGAGCGGGCCCUGUGAUCCAAUCCAGCUCAACUCUCCACCACCCUAUUGAGGGUAAACUGGAACACUGCCUGACAAACACUCCCCAGAGAUUCCUGAGCUCCAUCCUGCUUUUCAGGUGAUAAACCCCUGCCUUUGAGAUUCCUCUACCCUUCAAUAAUGGAGGACGGCUAUCAGAACAAGACAGCCUUUAUAAAGGGCGCCAAAGACAUUGCCAAGGAGGUCAAGCGCCAGGCGGCCAAGAAAGUGGGCCGCGGUGUGGACAAGAUGACCGACGAGUACAGCAAACGCUCAUACGCCCGCUUUGAGGAAGACGACGACGAUGACUACCCUGGAGUGCCUGGGGGGCAGGACAGUGGCUACUACCGGGGCGACAGCCAGGCAGCCAAUGACGAUGAAGGUGGCCACAGCGACUCCACAGAGGGCCACGACGAAGACGACGAGAUCUACGAGGGCGAGUACCAGGGCAUUCCCCGCGCUGACUCGAGCAAGGCUGCCGACAGCCUAGCAGGGGGAGAUGGGCAGCAGUUCAGGGACAUGGCACAGUUUGAGGGGGAAAGGCGGAAGGAUCAAGAAGAGCUAGCCCAGCAGUACGAGACCAUCCUGCAGGAGUGCGGCCAUGGAAAGUUCCAGUGGACCCUCUACUUUGUGCUGGGGCUGGCCCUCAUGGCGGACGGUGUAGAGAUUUUUGUGGUGGGCUUUGUGCUCCCCAGCGCCGAGAAAGAUAUGUGUCUGUCAGAGGAAAGCAAGGGCAUGUUGGGUCUGAUUGUUUAUCUGGGAAUGAUGGUCGGUGCAUUCGUGUGGGGUGGGCUCGCUGAUCGGAUAGGCCGACGGCAGUCCCUUCUCAUCUGUCUCUCCAUCAACAGCGUCUUCUCCUUCUUCUCCUCCUUUGUCCAGGGCUACAGCACCUUUCUCCUCUGCCGACUACUUUCUGGUGUUGGGAUCGGUGGUUCCAUUCCCAUUGUGUUCUCCUACUACUCAGAGUUUCUGGCCCAGGAGAAACGUGGGGAGCACCUCAGUUGGCUCUGCAUGUUCUGGAUGAUUGGUGGCAUCUAUGCCUCAGCUAUGGCAUGGGCCAUCAUCCCACACUAUGGCUGGAGUUUCCAGAUGGGCUCUGCGUACCAGUUCCACAGCUGGCGUGUGUUCGUCCUGGUGUGUGCAUUUCCCUCUGUUGCGGCUAUUGCUUCUCUCACCACCAUGCCAGAAAGCCCGCGCUUCUUCUUAGAGAACGGCAAACACGACGAAGGCUGGAUGAUUCUGAAACAAGUUCACGACUCCAACAUGAGAGCAAAGGGACACCCAGAGAAGGUGUUUUCUGUCACCACCAUCAAGACUGUAAAGCAGAUGGACGAGCUGGUGGACAUGGGAGGAGACAUAUCAACUUUGCGACGCUAUAAAUUGAAGCUGGCCAGCCUAUUCCACCAGGUGCGGAGUAACUUCUUGGCCAUCUUCAAUCCAGAAUACAGAAGGACCACCUUCAUGAUGAUGGCUGUCUGGUUUACCAUGUCGUUCAGCUACUAUGGGCUGACAGUGUGGUUCCCUGACAUGAUCAAGUACAUCCAGAAGCAGGAAUAUGCCUCGCGCACCAAGUUCUUCACCAAGGAGCGAGUGGAGCAUGUCACUUUUAACUUCACCUUGGAGAACCAAGUGCACCGCCAAGGACAGUACUUCAACGACAAGUUCAUCAACCUUAAGAUGAAGUCCAUGGUGUUUGAGGACUCUUUGUUUGAGGAGUGCUACUUUGAGGACAUCACCUCUAGCAGAAGCUUCUUCAGAAACUGCACCUUCAUCUCAACCCUCUUUUACAAUACAGACUUGUUCCAGAACAGAAUCAUCAACAGCAAACUGGUAAACAGUACCUUCCUACACAACAAGGAAGGCUGUCUGCUGGACUUCACUGAUGACAACAACGCCUACAUGAUCUACUUUGUCAGUUUCCUGGGCACAUUGGCCGUGUUACCCGGCAACAUUGUGUCAGCCCUGCUGAUGGACAAAAUUGGACGUCUGAGGAUGCUGGCGGGAUCAAGUGUCAUAUCUUGUGUCAGCUGUUUCUUCCUGUCAUUCGGCAGUACCGAGUCGGGAAUGAUCGCCCUUUUAUGUCUCUUUGGCGGCAUCAGCAUAGCUUCCUGGAAUGCCCUGGAUGUAUUGACUGUGGAACUGUACCCAUCGGAUAAAAGGACCACUGCAUUUGGCUUCUUAAAUGCCCUUUGCAAGUUAGCUGCUGUCCUGGGCAUAAGCAUCUUCCAGUCAUUUGUAGGCAUCACCAAAGCUGUGCCCAUCUUGUUCGCUGCGGGUGCACUCGCUGCCGGGAGUUUCCUAGCACUAAAGCUGCCUGAAACACGGGGCCAGGUGCUGCAGUAGCACAAUUCACCACCAGAAGGCAGCGCAGUGUAGCUUCAGUGGCCACAUUACAACCAGAGCCCGACCAACCGUACAAUCUCAGCCUUUAGCAAUCCAACGUUGCUCAUUAAACACUAAAAGACAGACUGUCAUCAACAGUGUCACAACAGUCCCAGAUUACUGAGAAAAUAUGACGAUAGCAUCAGACUUAAAAUGCAGAUGUGACCCAUAUAGCCAGCACAGACUAGCUGGCAUCUUGACCACAGCAUAAAAUAGCACAUUGGGUUUGCUUCUCAGAGAUUAGACAGAAUGAAAUCCUGCCAACAAAGAUAUACGUUUAUAAACCACUGCCAAAGGAUACAAAGAUACUGCUUGAUAGCUACAAUGCCUAAUGGGGAUACUUCCCAACAAAAGAGAUCAAACAUCUAUACACCCUCAAUUCAUCAUAGCACCCAUAUCUGACCCUAAUACCAAAUAAUAUGAGGUUAAAGAUGCCCUCUAACAGAUUUCCACAUGAAAAUAGCUUUCACUGUAACUUAGCUUUCCACUGAAUUUACGUAUCUUAAUGGCUUCCUCUGAAAGAGAAUAUUUCAGACAAUAUUUAUCUUACCAGGUGACAUGCACCAAGCUCCCUGCAUCAAGAUAAUGAUAUAGAUUAUGUGUUCAAACUUGGCAUCGAAACAAGUUAUUUUAUCAUAUAGAAAAUGGACUGUACAUGUGUGUUGAAGAUAUAUUGCAAGAAAAUAAAUAAUGACAGGACAAAUAACUGGUAAAUAUUUAAGUUUAUUUAUUGAUGGUAAUUCGAAGGGAUCGGUUUUGUUGAUAUGCACAGAAACAAAAUUACAAUGUAUGUUUGUCCACGUCACAUUUACAUCAAGCAGUGAAAUAUAUGCCUAAAUAGCUAUAUGUUGUGUGCGUAUUAGGGAGAAAGAUGGAGAAAGUGUUGCAUCCUUCUGUAUGUUUUUGUCAUUGGUUCAAUGAGACUUCCGAGGAGCCUAUUCAUGUACAUUGAUCUCCAAUGAUAAAGUGCAGCAUUAUGGUUCUGUAAAGAUAUUGGAAAAACAGACAAAGAUGAGUAAAUAAGAUGAGAACCUAUUUAACACAUCCGUGGAGAUAUCCUUUCAUUUUGAAAGGCUAGAAUAGUGUUACUUUCAAUGCGUCAACGAGUCCAGCAUUACAGCUCAUGCUUCCUGCGUCUCACAUAGUGGUCUUAUGCUCACUCUUCAUCAGCAUGUUCAACAUUCCAGUUAGCUAUGGCCAACAUGUGCCCUCUGCUGUCUUUGAAGGACAUUACACCUAGGAGGACCAAAGUCAGUCGGUUCAGUCGUUAAACGAUGCAGUAUUAAUGAAGCACAAAUGAUUCCAUAUACACUGUUACUAAGCACAUUGUCCUUCAGUCAUGCAGCUCAUGGGAAUAGAACCAUAGCAACUAGUCCCUCACAGAUUCAUUUGAAGUGCUCAAUUAAAUCCAAACUGUGUUGUGUUUUUCCACAGUAGUAUAAAACACCAUUUUCUCUGUGAUAUGAAAUGUUCAAGUUAUUGUGUCCACCGCCCCUCCCUCCCUCUCGAAAAAUCCCCUCAAAGGUAGAUGCCUACAGUUUUCAGAAUAACAUGUGCACAAGGGUAUGUACAUUGGCACGGCAGGCUUGGUUGAAUCUAGCCCUAUGUCUUUAUAGUUUAUGUGCUUUCCUGUCACCGUGUCCACGCCAUCCCUUCUAAUCUUUGUGUCACCAGUGUGGUGACAAUCAGUGAGAGAGCUGAUCUCGCCAUUGCUCAACUGUAGUGUGAGUGUGAUAUCGGACUGCAGGGCUAUUGGGCUUGUUGAAUGUGCAGCCUGCGGGAUUUCUCUGUUGCUGUGUGCUUGGUACAAUUGAGUGUCUGAUGUAGUCCUGGAUUUAUAUAUUAGAAUCAGAUCUCUUUAGUGUUGCAUAUGUCUGUAUAUGACAUCUAUUGUUAUUUGUGUUUACCCAUAACUGACAAAUUUGCGUGUUUGAGUGAGUUUGCAAAAGAUACUUGUAAAAUAAUGUGUUUAUGUUUGAGAGUGUAGAUUGAAUUUGUAAUCUCUGCUGUGCUCUCUCUCUCUCUCUCUCUCUCUCUCUCUCUCUCUCUCUCUCUCUCUCUCUCUCUCUCUCUCUCUCUCUCUCUCUCUCUCUCUCUCUCUCUCUCUCUCUCUCUCUCUCUCUCUCUCUCUCUCUCUCUCUCUCUCUCUCUCUCUCUCUCUCUCUCUCUCUCUCUCUCAAUAUUUUUCUACUUCUGUUCUGGUGUUUUAAUCCCAAAGAACGAGCACAGGUCAAUAGGGGCCAAUAUAACAUAUCUUUGAACUAAAAGUCUAAUACAAUAGAUAUCUAGGUCAAUGUGAUGUUCUUUAUAGCGUCAGCCUUGGGCGCUCCUUGCUGAUUAGGUCUCCGCCAAACAAAUGUUUGCCCCUGAAAACAGACAUCUACUCUCUGUAGUUGCCUGACAGGUCGCUCUAAUCAUAACAUUUGUUCAAAGUAAAUUCAAAUGAAAAUGUGUUAGCAAUUGCAGAGUGGUUUUGGGGAGUGUCAAAAUCCCAGCCAUUCUCCCUUUAGAUAGAUGCUUGUUGUUUCCAGCAUAAGAAUCUGGACCCAAGUAUUAGACCCAUCGACCUUUAAACCUUUCUCUGUUCAUAUCUCUUUAAAAUCAAAGGUCCGUGUGGCAGGCUUGUGAAAGUAGCCCUCACAGUAAACAGGAUGUUAAGCAUGCUUGUGGUGUCUGAUCUCUUUGGCUGCCCUGUAUGUUUGUCCAAAGCAGGAGCUGCUUUUGUAUUGCUGUCUUAUGGUGACACUUUGGGUCUUUGUGUAACAGUAUCAGUUCUAUGAUUGCUUCUGAUCAGAGUGGGAUGACUUGGUGCAAGUUUACUCUGCGUCUUUUUUAAAGCAAAACAUUUCUGGUGAUCCUAUUACUUUCUUUGAAAUGGUUGUACUUCUCUCUGCUUUCAGUCGGGGUUCAAGUUCCAAGGAGAGCAGAAACCAAAGCAAUAAAAGGGACAUAUUUCUUAGUGAAUAGGCACAAGUAAGUAGGUAUUUCAAAAGGGCCGCCGUGUUUACGUCAAAAGAGCGCCUUUAGUCUAUUAAAGCUCAUGUCCACUUCAGAUGAAACUGCCGUUAUUGAAAUGAGACUUAAAACAUCAACGUGCUAUCAUUGUACUGUGUGUAGAAACUGUAGAUGUUUGUACGUAUGAGUAUAAAAUAUGUGGACAUGAAAAGAUCAAGGAAAACACUUUGACAAUACUAUCAACAUGACAGAACACUGUUGUAUGUUGUUUUUGUUUUGUAAAUGACAUAUAUUGAAAAAAAUACGUGAAUAUAUUGUUCAGUAAUCGCUCCGAUGGGAUGCUGAGAAUAUUUUACAGUGAUGCUGACCAGGUGCUGUGUGUAUUUAUUUUAUGUGAGAAUUGUUACUUAUGCUGGGAUUCACACUUGUGGACCAUUUGUCUAUCCAGUUCUACGAAGAAAAUAAAUAACUACUAUGGAUAUAA